AUGUCGGAGGCGGGCCUGUCCCGCGCCACCUUUGCGAAGCUUUCGCCGCACCCAUACCUGCUCGCCAACCUCGAGCCCUCCAACCAAGACAUUCCACCCGCGCGAAGCAACGGCCGCGCCCCAGACGAAGGCCGCACACCCGAAAUCAACCUCUCGUCGCUUUCGCAUGCUCAUGGAAGCUCUCUGGUCCGAAUUGGCGAUACGACGGCCAUCUGCGGCGUCCGCGCUGAGACCAUCCUGACGACCAAUAUUCCCAAUCAUCGCGCUUCCAACACCGAGUCAGAGCUGCGCGACUACGACCUGCUGGUUCCCAACAUUGAGCUGGCAACUGGUUCUUCUCCCCAGAACCUCCCGGGAGGCCCGCCUUCAACGCUGGCACAGACGCUCAGCACACGAGUAUACUCGCUUCUACACGGUUCAAAGCUGCUCGACGCCGCCGACUUUCGCAUAUGGUAUACACAAACGGCAGAGCCGACGGCCGAGGACGAUGAGAUGAAGGAUGCAGAUGGCCAAGAUGAAGCGGAGUUCAGCGAUGAGCGCCAGGUCAUUGCCUACUGGGUGCUCUACAUUGACAUUUUCUUCAUCUCGCUCGACGGCAACCAAUUUGAUGCCGCCUGGGCGGCAACGUUGGCGGCACUGCGCGAUACCAAACUACCACGGGCUCGGUACGAUCCGGAUAGUGAACUGGUCGUCUGUUCCAGAAAACACCCAAAGCCGCUGUCCAUCAGCGGCUUCCCCAUUGCUUGCACAGCGGCCGUCUUCACCGGCAAGGAGACGGAUCGCCCGACCGAGGGCAAAUGUUGGGUGCUGGUCGACCCAGACACGCUGGAGGAGUCGCUCUGUGACGAGACGCUUACAGUGGUGGCAGAUUGCACUGGAGGGGCUAUGAGGAUACUGUCCAUCUCAAAACACGGCGGUACCGUGCUGACGCCGAAGCAACUACGGUCGAAACAGCUGCUUGGCUUCGUCGAGAAGCGGUGGAAGGGGUUCGCCGAUGCCAUGUCGGUUUAG